CACUGAGCCAGCCUGUGUCAUUAAUACUGGGUCCAUCCUCUCUGCUCUUCUAGCCAACAAGGAGAAAUUCGUGAUCCGACCUUAUUCGUAACUGUUGUUUUUGUUUUGCAGCCAAGUAAAAUGUACUACAAGUUAAAUGGGGUUACACAAAGACUUGCCGGAUCGGCACCGAGUGCUUACAGCCCUCAGGGGUUGCGGGUAACAGUGCCCAUGGAGGCCCCCCCAAUGAUCUUUGCCACCCCCACCAAAUAUGUGUCGGAGGCAGGGAACACGGUGGAGUACCUGGGACACAACAAAGUCCCUGACCUACAAAAACUCUUCCAGAAGUCUGAUGGUAUUCCUGUGCACCUGAAGAGAGGCCUGAUGGACAAGAUGCUGUACAGGACCACCAUGGGCCUGACCAUCGGAGGGACCCUCUACUGCCUGAUGGCUCUCUACAUAGCUGCCCAGCCAAGGAAGUGAUCUGCUUAUCCAGCCUCUUCCCCUUCAAGGGUCCAGCAGGAUUCUAUAUGAUUCAGAUUAAGAGCAGUAAUGUGGACGAUGACGAUUGUGCUCACAGACGGUCAAGGAAAGGAAUCCCUUUACUCCCCAGUGAUAUAUUGCCCCUCCUUGUCUUUAUUUAUUCCCUAGUUUCAUGUUAGGGUUUUCAUCAGAAUCAAAUAAUCUAUCAUUUGUCAAAUUUAAGACUAUCUCUAAUAUCACUACUUGCUCUGUGUUCUUGUGCGAGUUGUGCAUUUGCACAUGUAUAUCUCUACUGAUGUCUCGGUAACAACCAGCACCAUAUCAGUGGUACAUAACUACGACAGCUAGUAUAUCAACAAUCUACAUUUAAAAAAAGUCUGACAAUGUUUUCUGCCAAAGUGCUCAUCUAUGUGUGUGGAAAUAAUUUGGGGUCUCAUAGCAUGGAUGAAUUUGGUUUCUCUUUUGUUUUAGACGAGUUGGUGGAUGGGGCUAGCACCUUUUCAAAGCUAAUAAUGAGGUGGUACUGCAGGUUGUGUGAUAUCAUUAAUGGGUUUCUUUCUGUAAUAAACUCUGCUUUUGAGAAGUCACAUCUGCAUUACCUUAUUUGCACGGCCCCCAAGUCCCUACUUUAUGGUGCGGAGGUCGUGAGUUGUCAUUUAAUCUGCAUACUAACUGAGUGUUCUGUAAAAAGUGAGUAUCUGACAAGUCAUUGUAACUUUGUCUUGGGAUAAUAAAGUAUAUUUUGUUUGUAAAACAUAAAA